CUUCGCAGUUCUUCGUUCUAGACUUGUCUUGUUGUAAUAUUAUGUGAAGUUGUAAAUAAAUUAGAUAAUAUAAAUAAUGAAAUGUCUUGGUUUAAGUUGAGCCCUUAAGCGCUUUUAUUUACUUUUUAUAUUUAGGAAAUAUUAAUUUGUAAAUAAACAUAAAAACAAAUAUGUUAUACACGUACUUACUGUAAUAAGUGAAAGUUACAUCUGCAAGUAACAAACUCACCAUGGGAAAAACAAGCAAAGUUGUUCUUUGCGGAAUGAAAGGAGUGGGUAAAACUGCAAUUUUAGAGCAGCUUAUUUAUGGCUGUGUUAAUUUAAAAUCGUCGUUCUACCCAACAAUUGAAGAUAUAUAUGUUGCUAAUAUUGAGACCGACCGUGGUACUAAAGAACGGGUAUGUUUCUAUGAUACAGCCGGUUUGGAACCACCGCUCACAGGCGAGUUAAAAGGACCUCCACAGUCUCCUACUAUGCAGCUAACAGCUAACCAAGUUCUUCAGAGACACUACCUAGGUUUUGCUGAGGGCUUUGUUAUGGUGUAUGAUACUACAAGACCUGAAUCACUUGAUGUACUUAUGUAUUUGAAAAAGGAUAUUGAUAGAAAUAAAGACAAAAAAGAGGUUGUAAUGCUAGUAAUUGGAAACCGUACAGGGCCAGAUGAUGUGAAUUGCCUUGAAAAUACUUGCUCUAAAGCAUCAAAUUGGUGUUCAAGAGAAAAAAUUAGACACUUUGAAGUAUCGGCCAUGGACCGACCAUCAUUAUAUGAACCAUUCAUAUUUAUGACAACCAAACUUAAUCCGGUUCAAAAUAAGACAGCUUUCCCACAACUUAGUACGCUAAGUAAGUUAACACAGAAGAAUAAUAGAAGCGAAGCGAUGUAACAUCUCCUCAAUCUAUGCCCUUUCUGCUAUCAUCCAUAAGGUAUGUUUGUGCAACUCGUGAAAACUGAUUUCAAACUUUGUUUUAGUUUUAUUGUUAUUCUUUUAUACUAAAAAUAGAAUAAAACACAGCAAAGAGAAUUAUUACAAAGAUAUAAAAUUAUUUAUUUAUUUAAUUUCAACAGAGAACUGUUCACCCUACUGAAAUAGUUCAACAAAAUAUUCAGGACUAUAUUUUUAAUAAGUCAUACACUCUGAACUAAUACAAAAAUUAAUAACCUAGCAUUGAAAGGAAUUUUCUUUUAAAUAUAUUUUAUUUUUAUAUAGUUUAUAUGCAAUGUUUCAUGGAAACCCUUUUUGAAAACAGUUUUUACCAUUACUAAGUUUUUAUUUAAAAGUACAUACAUAUAUGAUUUAGGUGUAUGUUUAAAGUCAUGUCACUCAUCAAAGCUUUUUUUAAUUAUUUUUACAUAGUCUAUUUUAUGGAGAUCUGAUUUAUUUAAGAUUACAAAAUAUGUACUUAAACUGUUAUGAAACUAUACUAUGAGGUGAGGAUGUAAAGCGAAAGAUGCAUUCGAUAGCAAAUUGUCAAACGGACGUAAUAUAAUGGUGUAUAUUAUAUUACUUAUUAUAAUAAGAUAUAUAUAUAUAUAUAUAUAUCUUAUUAUAUCUUUAAACG